UUGGUUUUUAAAAAAAGCAAAAGAGAGAGAGCUGCCCGCUUUCUUUUACGCGUGCUGCUUACAGUUACAACCUUUUCUUUCCAUUCUAAAAUUCCAGACACAAAUAAAACAAAUGACCACCGUAAUUGAAGAAAAUACAGUUCCCAACAUUCCUGACCUUACACUCGCACACUACCGCUUUAUCUUAAGUCAUGGUCCAGUUGAUUUGAGAGAAGAUGCUAAACAAAAACUUUUUGAAAAAAUCAAGAAAAAUAAAAUGGGACCCUUCUACAAAUUGAUGGUGGAGGAAUUACAAGAACCACUCGAUCAAUCUCUAUACGACUCUAUGACUGCUGAAAACGAGCAGGAAUUACAGAAAUUUGAUGAAAAGGCAGCUAAUGCAGUACAAAACGAAGGAGAAACUGAAGUGAAUGAAGCUUUAUUAGCGAAAGCAGACUAUUAUGCCAAGAUUGGCGACAAAGAGAAUGCUCUGUCAGCAUACGAAGCCUUAUUGAAAAGAUCAAUCACAUUGGGUACUUCUAUAGAUAUUGUAUUUACCCUUGUUCGUAUCGGCCUUUUCUUUGGAGACAACAAAUUAGUUCGCUCAAAUAUUGAAAAGCUUAAAGAACUCAUUGAACAAGGCGGUGAUUGGGAUCGACGUAACAGAUUAAAGGUCUAUGAAGGCGUGUACCUCAUGUCCAUUCGCGAUUUUAAGGGUGCAGCCACGUUGUUUUUGGAUACACUCAGCACUUUCACCAGCACAGAAAUCUUUUCCUAUCAAGACUUUGUCAAAUAUGCAGUUUUAACAAGUCUGAUCAGUAUGAAGCGUGUUGAUAUAAAGAAGAGAGUCUUGGAUGCGUCAGAAAUUUUGGAAGUUAUUUCUGAUAUCCCUCAUCUUGAAGAUCUUAUGGCCAGUUUAUACAAUGGCAAGUAUGCUCAAUUCUUCCGUUCUUUAGCUGAAGUGGAACAAAUCCAUCUGCGUACAUCUCGUUACCUCUUACCACAUUUGCGCUACUACAUUCGUGAGAUGCGUAUUUUGGCAUAUGCUCAGUUAUUAGAAAGCUACCGAUCUUUAACAGUGACGAGUAUGGCGCAAGCAUUCGGUGUGAGUGAAGAAUACAUUGAUCAGGAUCUCUAUAAAUUUAUUGCUGCUGGACGUCUUAACUGUGUUAUUGAUAAAGUAAACGGCAUUAUUGAAACAAACAGACCCGACGCAAAAAAUGCACAAUAUCAAGCCGUCAUCAAGCAAGGCGAUGUUUUAUUGAAUAGAAUUCAAAAAUUGAGCCGAGUUAUUGAUGUUUAAUGGAAAAAAGUUAUCUGAUUCAACAAUAAAUAUAAGCUUAUAUAUACACCUUAUAUGAUGAUCUAACAUUUAGCAUGUGCUCUUUUCGUCUCAUUCUUUCCUGUUUAAACAGUCAAAGCAUUUUUUGCUGAAAAACUCAGACUCAGAAAAAAAAACCAAAAAAAAAAUCAAAAACCAUGAGUCUUUGCUUGUAUAAUACUCUGUCAGUAAUGGCAAUAUCUUCCAGCGGUUUAAAGCCUCGACAAAAAGUAAGACUUUUCGUUUACUGUUAACAUAUCAAAUCUAGGCUUAUGAAAAAUAAUUUUUGCUAAAGUUGAGUCAACCUUAUCCGAAACAAGAAAUUAUUUCACAUGUCUAAUAAAGCAUAUGUCUUUGUCAC